CUUAGAAUCAAUAAUCACACUUCAUCUUUUUCCUUAUCCUCAUAAUCUUGUUUUAGAAGUUUCUCGGCCGAACUUGAAUCCGACUGGAAAACCCGGCCCACUAUAACACCUUUGCCUCACAAUAAACAGCACCAACUAACCAAAUGAGAGUCAAACCGGUCCUACUCCAACGGAAAGCUCAGAUAGUCCCGCAUGUCAGCCCCCGGUAAAGAUCUGAACCCGAACCCGAAUCCGACUCCGAGUCCACCUCAUCAACACCACCUGAAUCCUCCACCUGACGGAACCCUCGACGGCGCCGAUCCCCUCCUCCAAUCGGGGGCCUUCAUCGACCCCACCACCACCCCCACCUCAGAUAUGGAAGAAACCGGGAAGGCUCAACCGAACGGUGUGGACUCAGUGACGCCGGGCACGAGUAAUGUCACUGCAGACGGGUCGGCGGGCCGGGCUAAGGCGAAGGGGUCGGAUCCUCAGGCUAUGGAUUGGUUGCCGGCCGGUUGGAGAGUGGAGUAUAAAGUGCGGAGCUCCGGUGCUACAGCUGGAAGUACAGAUAGGUAUUACCAUGAUCCAGUAUCAGGUCGUCGAUUUCGGUCAAAGAAAGAAGUCCUUCACUUUCUGGAAACAGGAACGCUCAAGAAGAACGCUAGUUCUGACAAAACGUCCGUGGAAGGUUCUGCGAGCAAAAAGCAAAGGAAGUCUAGUACAAAGCCCAGACCUGCUGUGAACUUUGAUUUUUUUGAUGUGCCUGCGAAGGUGGAAUGGGUUCUCACAGACUCCUCUCAGUGGACCUGGACACCCUUUAUCGGUGACCAAAAGGUGCCCGAGUCCACUGCCAAAGAAUGGGCUACUGCAUUCACAGUUUUCACAUCCAGCAAUAGUGGCCACACUCAAUGAAGACACAUUGAACCACCCUUGUGCAUCAUGAGGUUGUACCCACCAAUGACAAUUAUUCUUUGUCGACAGACCUAUACAGAGUCACUGACCAAUGUUAUCCUCGCAUUUGCAUAUGCCGUCAAUCAAAGAAAUAUAUGCCCUCACGGUAACUCUUUUGGGUCAUAUGAAUCGUAUCAUGUGACAAGCAGGCUCUGGAAGUUUGCAUUUUGGUUUUUGACCAUUUUGGGUUACAGGGCUGUUCAUACCUUGUUUGCUCUGUAUUCAGUGUCAUUUUAUUAGUUUUUGGACCCAUGAUAGUUUUAGUCCAAAGGAAUGCUCUUGGACUCAAUGUAUGAGCUUACAGGAGGGAUGUAAGAUGUUUGUUCUGGAGUACAAAUACAUUCCUAGUCUGUAUAUGCUCCUUCAA